AUGGAGAAGACGUAUGACAGAAUCCCUAGAGAGGUUCUUUGGAGAUGCUUGGAGGUGAGAAGAGUGCAGGUGGCGUACAUCAGAGCUAUUAAGGACAUGUACAAUGGAGAGAAGACUCGGGUGAGGACGGCGGGAAGAGACUCAGGGAAUUUUCCUGUAGAGACAGGUUUGCACCAGGGAUCAACUCUCAGCCCUUUCCUUGUUGCGUUGGUGAUGGACGUGUUGAUGCGGACUAUUCAAGUUGAGAUGCCGUGGUGUAUGUUAUUUGUAGAUGAUGUAGUGCUGAUUGAUAAGAAGCGAGGGAGGGGGUGA